UUCUUUUCAUGUCAUAAAAUUUGAAAUUUGUUUUCUGUGGAUUUGUGACUUAUGUGAGAGUGUUCUGUGCUUAUGUGUGUGUCAAAUUUUGAAUCAUAACCUCAAGUAAAAAAAAUUAAUAAAGUUUAACAAAAUAUGAGAAGUAGUAAAUAAAUAUAUUUAACUUUAUUUUGCCGUGUAUAAUGGCUCUCAGUCGAAUGCUUAAAUUUUCAAAUUUUUGCUCAAAAGAAAAUUUACUUUAUCGAAAUCCCACUUUAAAAAAUGUGAGGCAUUUUAGAAAAAGUAGAAAUAAUGUUGAGCCAAAAGUAAACCCAGAUAGUUUAGCUACUCCUUUUACAAAUAUGAAUGUUAACUCCAGUAAUCUAAAUGCAAAAAAUCUACUAAAGCCUUUUGUAUUUACAGUUGCAUUUUCAGGAGCAUGCUUUAUUACAUCAGCAAUUUGGGAAUACGAAAAUAUGAGAGCACAUGCUAAAAAUGUGUUAAGAAGACCUAUGAAAUUUUUCAAGAAGCACAUCGAUGACAGGGUGCAUUCAACAAAUUAUUUAUUUAAAGAAGUUAAAGCUUGGUGGUCUGGUCUUACAGAAGGAGAACGUAUUUUUGCACCAAUAUGUGCUUUAAAUAUACUUGUAUUCCUAGCAUGGAGAGUACCAAAAUUCCAACCAUAUAUGUUGAAAUAUUUUUGUUCAAAUCCAGCUAGCCGAAAUGUAUUUGUACCUAUGGUUCUAUCAACAUUUAGUCAUUAUUCAGGGUUACAUCUUCUAGCCAAUAUGUAUGUUCUUCACAGUUUUAGUACAGGUGCUGUUCACAGCCUUGGAAAAGAACAAUUUUUAGCCUUAUAUAUGACUGCUGGUGUUGUAUCUAGUUUUACAAGUUAUAUGUAUAAAAUUAUUACAAAACAACCAGGCCUUUCAUUAGGAGCUUCUGGAGCAAUAAUGGCAGUUUUGGGAUAUGUUUGCACACAAUACCCAGAUACAAGAUUAGGAAUAAUUUUGUUGCCAGUAUUUACUUUCUCAGCUGGGGCGGCUAUUAAAUUCAUUAUUGGUCUUGAUACUGCUGGGGUAUUGCUAGGAUGGAAAUUCUUCGAUCAUGCUGCUCAUUUAGGAGGGGCCGCUUUUGGAAUAUUUUGGGCAAUGUGGGGUCAGAAGCAGAUCUGGCAAAAGAGAGAACCUGUCCUUCAAUAUUGGCAUCAAAUGAGAGGUUCAAUAAAAUAAUAUUAAUUUUGUUUAGGUAUAUCUUGGAAGUUGUAUAUAUAAUUUUUUAAUAUAUUUUAUUUAAUGCCAAGC